GCGCCCUUCUGGAAGGUUCGGCCCGUCCUCUUCCCGAAGGCUGUCCCCGCCGAGGCCCAUCCCGGGAAGGUUCCAGAGGGCGAAGCCCCGGGACGCGAUGCUGCUCUGCGCCUUGCUGCUGGCCGUGGCGUGGCCGCCGGCGGAGCCCGGGAACGCCAGCCUCAGGGACUCAUGGACCUACAACCUGAGGUGCUUCGCCUGCACCACGAUCAACAACUUCAACUGCCGGGACCUGGUGGAGUGCGUGUACGAGAUCCGGCGCUGCUUCACCGUCUCCAUCCGUCUCAACGCCCGCGAGAUGCUCGUGUACAAGAACUGCACCACCAACUGCACGUUUCUGUACCCAGAGCAAGUGCCCCCCGAGGCCCCCAGGAAGGUGAAGACCACGCACUUCUACCAUGUCCGCUGCUGCGGGGCCAUGAGAUGCAACGACGGGGGCCCGACCAACCUGGAACAGGACAUCCUGACCCCGGAGGAGGCCAUCCAGGAGGAGAUCGAGGGGGCGGAGCGCGUGGGUGGGCCGCGGCUGCUGCUCAGCCUGGCCUCCCUGCUGGCCAGCAGGGCGCUGACCUGACCCGCGCUCUCCACAGGCCCCGGCGCAACCCUCUGCCCCUCAGUCUGGCAGAGGC